AUGCUCUUGGAUCGGAGGGCAUCGUCCGUCUGGAAGGAAGCGUUCAAGAGGUGUUAUGAUGUUCUUCCGGCAUGUCCUCUGGACAUAUCUGAACCGCAAUGGGCAUCGAUGCUGUUUGGCCCGGCGACGUGUGAUUAUUGCGGGCGGAAGGGCGCCAUGAUUGAUUUUCAUUUUCGACACCGCUUUUGCCAGCUCUGUAUGGAUGAUAUGUAUGUUGAGAAGUCUAGCAUUGACGUGAAUUGCCUUGGGAUUGGGGAAGAUCUAGAUACAUUCCUGAUAUGUACUCCUCCUUCUUAUCGGCAAGAUCAAACGUUUUAUUCAAAUAUGGAGGACUAUUACCGGAGGCCAAGAUAUCUGAGGUGGGAUAUCAGCAAGAUGGUUAAUCACUUUCGCUUUUUCAGCUCGAGAAUCUCUUCUGGCAUUGCCAGUGCAUCCUUAGAGUUUGAGAAUUUUUUAUCCCUGAAAUCCGACAAUGUGAUUCGAGGGAUUGAGGAAUCGGAGAGGGCCAAUGCAAUGAUGGUCCAGAUGAGCCGUCGGCUUAAGAAGGAACACCAAGACAACAUAAUGCAAUUGCUCAAACGCCACGCUUCUGUCCUUGUACGACGUGGUCACGAUCAAGUGGACCUAGACACUGCAUUUGGCGAGCUGCUUGAUCAGUAUUUAAACCGAGAAAGAUUCAGAUCUAACUAUCGUUCCUAUAAGCAGCUUGGUCUUGAACUUUUGCGGACUUCUGAAGCACACAAGAUUGAUAGACUGGAACGAUGGCGACAGUUUCUGAUCUUCCAAAGGCAGAAGUUAGUGGAAUACCGGUAUCACACCUAUCAAAAGACACUUCCUCCGACUUCAUGGUCAAAUUUGCCGAGGGUGAGCGUAGUUUAUGAGUGGGAGCCAUUUUCAGCUUUCAUUGCCUCGGAUUCAACUGAAGUUGGAGUGCUUCAAGAGGAAACGGUACAAAGUCAUUUGGCACCUUUCCUCAAUUCUUGGAUGCAGACGCAUGAAAGCAAUAUCUAUGCCAGGCUAGAAUCGCCUUAUCAGAAUUUGGACCUCGCUGUGAAUGUCUUCGUUUGUGUUUCUUGUGAAGAUGACUUGAUCGGCUUGAAAGACCUGCGCUCUCAUUUCAAAUGCAUUGGUCCACAGUUCGAGUUUCAAUUUAGUCUCGCGGGGAGAACCAGCGCACUCGCGUUAGUUGUUCUUCUGGGAAUGGACCCAAAAACAGCGACUGUCGGUGAUAUGGACGCGAGGGAUGCGCGGUUUUUCUGCGAGGGAUGCAACACUUCUUGGAAGCGGGGAGUGUUUGGUCGCCAGGCCUUGACGUGGAGGGAAUGUAUUUCUCAUGUCAUUGGGGUGGAAAACACAAAUUUCCACCCCUCCGUUACGUCUUGGGCACUUCUAACGGCAGAGGCUACGGAAUGUAUCAAAAGGCGUGAACAACCCUUCCCGAAUCCGGAAUACGAUGUCUGGUGUUGUAACCACUGUCCCGAGCACUACGAUGAACCAACGACAAAGGCGAAAGCGCUUCGCCACGCCAAAGACGUGUCCGUACAUAUUUACAUAUUUCUACGGGAGACAUUCAUUUGA